AUGUUUUUCAGAAGUUGGUCGGGCCUCCCCAAGGAUGUCUCCUUUCCGAGAGAUCUCGCCGGCCUUGGUUAUUUUGUGAAUGAUGAUGAUGAGGUCCGAUCUAUUGAGGAUCCGGAGUGUUACUACAAGUUCUUCAGCAGCAAGAACUCUCGCGUCAAUGAGCGCCAGCGCUUCCACUUCAACAUGGCUCUGGAAGAUAUCGUCCAUGAUCGCCUCGAGAAAGAAGGCCUCAAGAAAUACCACCUUUUGCCCGAAAACAAACGGCAAUCCCCCGUCUUCCUCACCCCCAACAUUGCCAAAACUACCCGCAUCGUCGUCAUCCUUGGCGAACCAACUAAAGAUCUGGGAUGGAUUGCUGGCCGCGUCUCCAAUGGGCCUGGUGGCCUUGCGAAAGGAACCAUGAUCUCUGUUGUUCAGUCACUUGCUACCCAGGCUGCCAGCCCCAAUGAUCCGGAACCUCCUUGCAUUGUCCUGGCCAACAUGGGCCAGCGGUUCUGGUGGCCUGAAGAACAGCGUGCUAUCACCAUAGAAGCAUCAGCUGAUAUUCCACUUCCCAGUUUGGUGCACUCUGGACGUCGUUUCAUCAAGAAACUCAAUGAGAUCCCUGGAAGCGAGACACCUUUGGCGCAUAUGACGACUGUGCUCAACAAGGUUCUUGAAGUCAACAAGAAUGCCAAGGUCGACAUCGUUGCUAUUGGGCAAAGCUGUGAGGUUGUCUUGCAGUUCUUUGAGAACGAGAAGCACUGGGCGCAAUGGGGUGAGCGACUAGGCGGCAUGCUCCUCAUGGGUACUGUUUUCCCAACAGAUUUGCUCGUCAAUGCUGAAUUCAAAGAGUUCCUAGCAAAGCGCACUCGUGGCUAUCUCAUUUCAGAGGAACCCCUCGACACUCCCCUAGCUAUGCCCGGAGGAAACCCGUCGCUCCUAAUCGAGCCCCUUGGCUGCCCCUGCUUCUCUAGCGGAGAAGACCAGUUCAUCGAAACCAUCCUCAUCAAGGCUCUCGAACCAGCCCUCGCUUACCUGCAAGAAGUGGCUCUUACUCCUAAUUUUGUCAAUCCUGACAUGGCUGUUGCAGAGCGUCGCCCAACCGACAUCACGGAUGAGAAAUGGAGUGAAAUGCCAGAGGAGGUCAAACCAGAGGUCACCAGCAUUGAUCCUGAGAAGAUGAAGGAAGAAAUCAAGCAGAUGAGACGAUGGAAGAAGUUUACGGAGACUGGCGAGGCACCCGACGACGAUUCUGAUGACGAGGACUGA